AACAAACCGAACAGACUCGACUCUGCUCUGCUCUCUCUAUAUGUAUCUCUAUUUUCUUUCCAAGAAACAAAACGAGAAAAUUCUCUCUCCUCCAGAAAACACCAAGAAAACGUAAAAAUGGAGAGCUUCAUUUCCUUCUUUUACAUAGCGUUCCUGAUGAUCGUCUGUACAGGUGUUUGUCAUGCAAGACUACGUCCUCAAGCAGUCCCGAGUUAUUUGAAGUUCGUCAAGAAUGGAACAGAAUUUCCAUCAGAAGAGUAUUAUGAUUACAUAGUUGUAGGAGGUGGAACUGCUGGUUGCCCAUUGGCUGCUUCUUUGUCACAGUGGUACCGAGUUCUUGUUCUUGAACGCGGUGGGGUUUCUCAUGGCAAACCCAAUUUGAUGAGUCAAGAAGGGUUCCUUGCCACACUUACCCAAGUAGAUGCAUUUGAUUCUCCUGCCCAAGCCUUCACAUCUGAGGAUGGUGUCCCAAACGCCAGAGGACGCACUCUUGGUGGCAGCAGUGCCAUUAAUGCAGGAUUUUAUAGCAGAGCAGACCCAGAAUUCUUUGCGAAAUCAGGUGUGAAUUGGGAUUUGGGAAUGGUGAAUGAAUCUUAUGAGUGGGUUGAGAAGGCAAUUGUGUUUAGGCCAGUGCUUAGAAAGUGGCAAUCAGCAUUUAAAGAUGGGUUAUUGGAGGCUGGGAUUGAUCCAUAUAAUGGGUUCAGUUUAAAUCAUCUGAUGGGCACGAAGAUUGGUGGCUCCACUUUUGACGCUACAGGGGCGAGACAUACUGCAGCUGAUCUUCUCAAUUAUGCAAAUCCUGCAAAUAUCGAAGUUGCUUUGUAUGCAAGUGUGGAAAGAGUACUUUUGGCUUCUACUUCCUCAUAUUUGAAAAAUUCAAAGACAACAGCAAUUGGGGUUGUUUAUCGUGAUCACAAGGGACAAUAUCACCAUGCAAUGGUACGCGAAAAUGGGGAAGUCAUACUGUCUGCUGGUGCCAUUGGAAGCCCACAGUUACUGUUGUUGAGUGGCAUAGGUCCUAGACAUUACCUAUCAUCCUGGGGUAUUCCUGUAUCAUAUAACCUUCCAACUGUGGGGCAGUACAUGUAUGAUAAUCCUAGAAAUAGCAUAUCAUUUGUGCCUUCUAUCCCACUGGAGCAUUCACUGAUAGAGGUUGUUGGAAUAACUAAAGUGGGGGCUUACCUUGAAGCAGCUUCCAAUGUUAUCCCAUUUGCUUCCCCAGCUCGUUCUAUUUUCAUUAAUACCCCAUUCUCUGCACCUCUCUAUCUAACUGUGGCAACACUAAUGGAGAAAAUCACCGGGCCACUUUCUACUGGCUCACUAAGGCUUGCUUCAGUAGAUGUCAGAGUCAACCCAACUGUUCGAUUCAAUUACUUUUCAAACCCAGUAGAUUUAGAGAAGUGUGUAAACGGGACACGCAAAAUUGGGGAUGUGUUGAGGAGUAGCUCUAUGCAAGUGUUAAAGUUCAAUGACUGGUUUGGAGGUAGAAGUUUCAGAUUUGUAGGGCCUCAGCUGCCUUCUCGCCAAUCUGACUAUAUGCAGAUGGCUGAUUUUUGUAAGCGAAGUGUUAGCACCAUAUGGCAUUACCAUGGAGGCUGUGUUAUAGGGAAAGUGGUCGAUCCUCAUCAUCGCGUUUUUGGUAUUGCUGCUCUUCGAGUUGUUGAUGGCUCAACAUUUAGUAUAUCUCCAGGGACUAAUCCUCAGGCUACUCUCAUGAUGCUGGGAAGAUACGUGGGGCUGAAGAUAAUGAGAGAUCGAAUGAGAUAUUAAAUAUUCUUUGGUUAGGUUCCUACACGUAGAUAGAAACAAUAGAAUGUACAAAAGAAGUGUUGUUGCCAAUUUUGUAACUGUUUGAAGCUGCAACUUGAGCUUGUUUUCUACUUCUUCUACUGAGUUUAUAUGAAUAUAUAAUAAUUGUAAAUUUGAGUCUGUAAUUCUAAUUCAGCUAUACUUGGUUUC